AUGGUAAGGUCGACAGAUACUUGGACUUGGAAUGUGUUACUAUCACUAAGACCUAUCGCGCAACAGUUUCUAAAGUGUCGAGUGGGAAAUGGUGACAGUGCAAGCUUCUGGUACGACUGUUGGACCCCUUUUGGUCGGCUUCUGGAUCACAUUGGACCCACUGGUCCUUGUAAUUUGAGAAUACCACUAACAGCCACAGUGUCCAAAGCCUCAGACGGCGUGAACUGGACGCUGCCACAACCUAGGUCAGACAGUGCUCUAACUCUUCAUAUCCAUCUAACAACUGUCAUGCCUCCUCACGCCUCUGCUGAACCGGACUCUAAUAUGUGGAUUGUUAACGGAACCGACUGUCAUGGCUUCUCGUCAGGCAAAACUUGGGAUAUGCUUAGACCUCGCUCAACUUUUAAACAGUGGGCUCAGACUAUCUGGUUUAAAGGACACAUACCAAAGCAUGCUUUCACUAUGUGGGUUGCAAACCUGAACCGUCUCCCAACAAAGGAUAGGCUGAUCAGAUGGGGCCUGAAUAUCCAACCGUCCUGCUGUCUGUGUACCACUGCUGCUGAGUCUAGGAACCAUCUAUUAAUCACUUGUGGUUAUGCGGAAUUUGUUUGGCACCAUAUCCUACAGAAGCUCAAUAGGUCUCACCUCUUCUACUCUUGGACAGAGCUUAUGUCAUGGAUCAGAAAACCCUCUUCAGCAACGCCUUCAACACUAAAAAUGGUGGCGGCCCAGGCGACAGUGUAUCAUUUAUGGAAGCAGAGGAAUAUCAGCCUACACAAUGGAGUCUGUCUACCCCCUCACACUUUCGUUAGGCUCAUUGAUCGCGAGGUCCGCAACGUAAUCACAGGAAGAAGGGGAAGAAAGCGCUUUGAAGGUCUUAUGGUUCGAUGGCUUUCUUAA